AUGAAUUAUGAUAUUUGGCGAGAACUAUUCGAAAUUCACUAUAUCGGGUAUGGUGUCGAUGAUCAUCUCAAGUCCUCUGCUCCAAUAACGACUGAAAAAGAAAAAGAAAAGGAAAAAGACAAAGAAACAGAAGAAUCAAUGUCUGUGAAGGAUGCAUGGGUUCGCAAGGACUCUAUCGUAAAAUCAUGGCUAUAUGCCACUCUCUCUAUCCCUCUUCUCAAUAUGAUAUUCAAGAAGCAAGCAACAGCUUUUGAAAUCUGGGAAAAUCUUGAAAAAGUUUUUCGCGAUAACAAAGCCUCGAAAAUCAUUCAGCUUGAUCGAGAAUUGAGAAACAUCUCUCUUGGUAACUCUUCCAUCACAGAAUACUGUAACAAAAUCAAAUCCCUUGCUGAUAGAUUAGAACACAUGGAUGCUAAGGUGUGUGAAAUUAACCUGGUGGCAUAUAUGAUUAAUGGACUGUCUAAGAAGUUUCAGUACAUAGCUAUUAAUAUCCGACACAGGGACCCGCCUCCAUCUUUUUGGGAUGCUAGAUCUAUUCUCCUUUGUGAAGAACAACAGAUGCUUCUCGAUGAAUAG